AUGGCCGUGGUUGUGUCACGUGCACAGGUGUCCUCAAGAGCCAUUGAGGCACUGAAGCUGGAGAUGGACGAGGUCAAGACCGCCCUCAGCCAGAGCCUGCAGGACCUCGGCAGCAGCCAGGCCAAAUACAUCCAGCUGCAACGGGAGAACAAGGUCCUUAAAGAGACUGUGGAGGCACACAACAACAAGGUGUCGGAUAUUUCAUAUCAGCGCCGGAUGGACAAAGAAACAAUGGCACUCCAAAAAACUCAAAUAAAGGCCUUGAAGGCAGAACUAAGAGGAGCAAUGCUCACCAUUGGUCAGGAUGGCCAAAUGAUAAUGGAGAGAAAUGCUCAGAUAAGAGAUCUGGAGGUGGCUGUGGAGGAGUUGAGGGCCAUCAGAGAGGUUCAGAGAGAGAAGGUCCAUGAUCUGAAGGAGGAGCUCGAGUUGGCCUUAAUUCAUGGUGGUGGUAGCACCAUGGGACAUGAUGGGUCGAUAUCAGUUGGCGCCAACCAUCUGUCGCUGGCACAGGAGCUAAUGAACAGUUCCCUGGACCUGGAGAACAGCAAGCCAAUCAACGACCAAUUAAGAACGGUUUGCCGGGAGACCAACGCCGAGACGACCACUGCCCACCUUGAGGUUCCUGCAAUGCAGAGGGCAGAAGCGAAACACAUGGAUCUCACUGCAGAGGGAUCUGGCCAGACCAAAACCAGCAGUGACCACAACAACAAUGUGCUUCAAGUGGAGAAGAGCAGCAGGCCUUUCCAGACGGCUCUAUUGGUCACCGGGGUGAUUGGAAUCGGACUUUUCACCCUGUGGAAGCUGAAAUCAUAAUGCAGCACCUCCAUCCCACCCCACCCCACCCUCUCUCUCUCUCCCUCUCUCCCUCUCUCUCUCUCUC